UUUAGACGUGAUGACAUCAUCGGUAGAACCUCCCAGUCAGCUGUGCCAUUAUUGCUUGUCCAGCCAACGAGAAAAUAAAAGGCUUUUUUAGGAGGGUUUCAUUAUGGAUAAAAACACUACGCGAUACAAUAUACAGCUAUAUAUUUAUGAUCUAUCGAGAGGGAUGGCCCGCAGCCUCAGUCCGAUCAUGUUAGGAAAGCAACUGGAUGGUAUCUGGCACACAGCUAUAGUGGCAUACGGUGAUGAGUUCUUCUUCGGAGGGGAGGGGAUCUCCAGCUGUUCACCGGGUGGGACAAUGCUGGGCCCUCCAGACACUGUGGUGGAGCUGGGCGAGACUGAAGUGUCUGAAGAGAUCUUCAUGGAUUACCUCUCCUCCUUGGGUGAAAGCACAUACAGAGGUGACAGGUAUCGUCUGUUUGAGCACAACUGCAACACCUUCACCAAUGAGGUGGCUCAGUUCCUGACGGGCAGGUCCAUCCCCUCCUACAUCACCGACCUUCCAUCUGAAGUCCUCUCCACACCAUUUGGCCAGAUACUACGGCCCAUCCUGGACUCAAUCCACAUCGCUCCUCCAGGAGGAAACGUCAUCAACGGGGGAAGAAACGUCUAACCUGAGAGAGAGCAGCAGAGUCAGUCAGGGUGUUCGCAAGGUCACUUCCAUUGUAGUCAGUCAGUGAAAAGUUUCAAAUUAAUCGUCGUUCUGUCUUGCUUUCUGUAAAUAAGUUAUACACUAGCACUGAAGCUGAUGGUUUUUGUAAGCUAUAACUGAUUGCUGACCAGUUAAUCCUUAAAUGACAUGAUUUAAAUAUAUUUAUAAUUAUGAUAUGAUUUUAAAAUGUAGUUGGUUUGAGGGCAUCAGUUUCAAAGUACAAAAAGCAGAUGGGUCUACCAGCAAAGCCAGAUAUCAAAACUCUGUUUCCUGCACUAUAAGCUGACUUUGAUGAAUGUUUCCCUCUUAGAAAUACAUCAGAUAUCCAGAUAAACUUUAUUCAAAUUCUAUUUAGAUUUGGGCCACUGCAACUUAAUUUAUCUUAACUUAAUUUGUACAUUUACUCCACAGCAUAGAUUUAUUGCACUUCUUACUCCACUACAUUUAUCUAAUAGCUGUAAUUAAACCAUAUACAACAUUAAAAUACCUCUUGCACGUCAGUGCAUCCAGCUUAUUCAGUACUCUAACUUUUGUACUCAGGUACAAAAUGCUCCUUUACUUUGAUUUAAGUUGAACCUUGUAGUUUCUCAUUUCCAUUUUGAGAUUAUAAAUUGGUUUAAGAUUUUAAUUCUUCAGUUUAGUUGGUUCUUUUUUAAAUUUUUUUUUAACCAUAUCAGAUUUCACACAUGGUUUCUGCAGUAAGAGUCAUCUGCUGCUGACUACAAUGAAUUUAAUCUGAGUGUACACCUUUUGCAUAGAUAUGUUUAAUAUAUUAAAUUCAAUGGAUGCUGGUUCAUGGAAAAUGAGAUGAUUGAAUCCUGAACAGUCUUUUAAUGUCAAUCAUAUUUACAUUUUUUUUGCACUUUUAUGAUUUGUUUUACUUUUUUUAUUAUUAUUAUUUUGUUGCCUGUAGUUAUUUUCCUAUCAGUAAUCCUUUUAUGCCUAUAAUCUUUGUGUUGAACUUUACAAUUUACAACCUUAACUGAACCUUACAUUAUCAUUCCAUUUAUCACAUCACGUGUGAUGUGACAUACAGCAGGUGAUUGAUGCGAGUGUAUGUUUCUAUAGCUAGGGGUGUCACGAUAAAAAUGAAAUAUUGAUAUGUUAAUAAUACACAUGUGAUAAUAAUCUAGUGUCUCUUUAAUCAUUUCUUGCUUAGUCAGAUGUACGCUUUUGUACAGUUAUGGUUACAGACUCUGUCUCCACCUUCUUGCACUCGUAUUUUGAGUGUCUAAUUCAUUUGCCAAAAAAGAGACAAUAUACACAAUAAAAGUUGAAUGACAUUUUUAAAAAUUCUCUAUAGAUAUUGUGAUAAUAACGUUAUCUUGAGCUCUUUCUGCCAUGAUAAUUGUAUGAUUCCGUGACAGCCCUAUCUAUAGCAGGACUGGGCUCAGUUCAUUGUAAAUUCAGUUACUCCUACGUAUAUGAAGUAAACCCUCCAUGACAUUUGUUAAUGGUAGAGUUGAUUACAAAAGUGUACGUCACAAGAAACAGUUCCAAAGUGCUAUAAAAUCAUUUUCCAGACAAUCCUGGUCCUUUUAUAAAAAAGAUUUUUGACAACCGAAACUGUUUUCAUAUACAGAAAGAAACUAAAUUGUAGGAUUUUUGGUACUAAAUCUACCUGCUGAUAUAAAAGUGAACUGCUCCACAGCCCUGUUAUAUGACAUAAAUUAUGCCUCUUGGUCUGUGUACCAGCUCCACAGGAAGAGGCUAAA